ACGGAAACAAAGAGAGAAAAACGCAAGAAUUCCCACGAACGGAAAGGAGCGCCUUAGAAAGAUAUGCGUUUUUAUAUGGAAUGCACGAGAGAGGGUUAGACAACACACACUUCAUUCUGCUGCCCACACUCUAGAAAAAAAAUAUAAGGAAGCCACUAUUAAUUGUUAUCAUUUGCGAUCAUUCUUGGUUGAAUUUCAUCUUGGAAAAGAGGAUGGUGGAAAGUUGUGAUGAUAAUGUUGCUAUUGAUGAUACAGUGUUGACUAGUGCACUCGUCUCGCCUGUGUUUAAACCGCCUAAUGCCUCCAGAGUGCGAAAUGCAAGUCACAUGUGGAUCGUUCUUCAGAUGUGACGGACGGGCGCAUCGGGUCAUAUUGCAUGAGCAGGCCGGUAGCAGCCGCCGUGGGCCUGCGGGCGAGAGGGACCCAUGCCCUGCAGCCCCGGAGCUCGAGACCGCACGAGGCCGUAUUGAGCGAGGCCCUCCGGACGCCGGGACCAAGGUGGCACUCGCACCCGGACCCAGCAGGAAAUGUCUGGGGGGACGUCGACAACGCCUGCCCUUUGCCAACGCCGUCCAGGAUAUGCUGGAAAGAACCGCGAUCGCCCAGGAGAAGGAUGGCGUCAUCCCUGCCUCUUCCCCUCUCCCCCCACCCCUCCAUCCUCCUCCUCCUCCUCCGUGCCAUUGUCAUCAGGAAGAUCGCCUGCACCGUCAUCGCCGUUCCAUCAACUGUCACUGUGAUAAGUGUUCUUUUAUGUUGCCAUUAUCUCUUAAAACUGCAUUGCGUGAAGGGUGAUCUCAUUACCAUCUUGUAACACGUGGGUGGGAGGGAUACAGGGUAGCGCCCCGUAGUAGUAAACACAAGAGCUUCCUGUUCUCGAGCGGAGCCUCCCGCCGUGGCUCGCAGAAAUCCUGGUUCUCCUCACGUAAUUUGCGAGGAGCCUUGGUGUUCUCUCCCUUGUGCUUAAGGGGAAAGAGUUAAAGGGGGGGGGGGGGGGGUAAGGACCCGGGCACGUUUUGCUUUCACAGAUGGUUUGAAGGUGUGGGAGGAGAGAUUUCGAAUAUCUUCCUCUUUUGUUUUUUUUUGUGUGUGGAUUUUGUUCAUUUUUGGGAGUAUCACCUUUAACGAACACUCAUAGAGAUAUGUGUAUGUUUGUUAGCAGAUAAGAAAUAAGAUCACAGAUAUAUUUUAAGAUGAAUUGAAAUCUAUACCAUUGUUUAAAUCUAACAAUGUUUUUGUAAUGCAAUUGUCUAAUUCCAUCUUCCACUUGUCGCAGGUAAUGGCCAGCUCCUCAGUUCUAAGUUGCCCGUCCUCCAUUCCCUGAGACCCUUUCUUGUGAGGGAAGGACUUCACAGGCAAGGUGCUCAGGCAUGGAUGGCGGUGCUCCAUCUUCACGAGGCAGACGCUGAGGCUCUUCGUGGGCUUUUCCUUCGGCGAGAUUCCGAGAGGCAGAGCUGAUGUGUUUGGUUUGUUUGUCUGCGCUGUAUGUCUGUUUAUGUAGGUUUCGCUGUUUUUUUGUUUUUGUAAAUGAUUUGAUAGGGUAGAAUGUAUUAUUGUCAAAUGUAUUACUUUCUAUUGUUUGUGUUUAUGAUUCUGUAUUUAUUUCUUGUAUUUACAUGUAUUUAGAUGUAGACAAUCCCGAUAUUAAUGGAAAGUUUAGGAAAGUUUGUUUUAUAAUGAUUUAUGUGUGUUUUAUAUUAUGAAUGUAUAAAUGUGAUAUUUUUGUUCAUAUGUUGACCAUGUGAAGUGUUAAAUGUGUUGUGCAUAGAUUUAUAAGAUAUUUUGUUGUCACUGUAGGAUUCCACAUCCAUAUCGAUUUUAUCUUGCACAUUUCUCUGUAUAUUUAACAUUUAAUGUUGGAAAUAAUAGUAUAUGUAGCUUGAUUAGUAUCCAUACUGUAUAGAAUGACUGGACUCCAUUAUAGUUCAAUUAUCCAGUACGUUUGUGUAUAUAUACCUUAAUUUUACAUGUUGAUUUAUGUAAAUCAGUGGUUCCCAAACUUCUGUAGGCUGCUGCCCCUUGGCCCCCAGGCAUCAUCACUAAGCUCCCCACACACAUCCUGUGCAUUAUCUUCAGCAAAUUCAAAAUAAAAUCAUAUCUAAAUAUAUAAAACUCGCCCUUAUUUACACCUCACAUUUUUAAUUGGAUGGAAGUGCUUGGUUCAGGGAUAUCAGCCUUUCAACAUCGGGCUUGAAAUCACUCAAAAGUCUUACAUCUAAGCAUUUUCAUUCAGAAUACGAUGAUGGGUAUAAAAUGCACUUCGCUCAUGUUCCACACCACAGGAGAGUGACCAGAAAUAUGUUUUACAACCAAAAAUUGUUUAAAACUCUGGCUUUAGCUCAUUUUAGAGUGAAAUCGUUCUUUCUCCAGUGCUCGUUCCCUCAAUGCUGAUAUUUAGAAUCACCCACUUCAGUACGUUGAGCAAAAAAAUGAGGGAGAAAUCUGUUGGACACGUCUCUUUGCAGCUCAUCUAGGUGUAAACAGUACACUUUAAGGUCAUCAAGUGUAUUGAUGCUGGAGAUAUGAUGAUACAACUCCCGACCCAAGCCAUUAAGAAGGCUGAUUAGAUCGGGAAAACAGGCACUAGGGAAGUCUGUGCUAGUAGUAGUCCGUUUUGUGAGUCCCCUUGGUUCUGGUGCUACACUGCCACCCUCCAAUGCGCCUUUAUUCUCGCUAUCUCUUUGGACCUUUCCAUUACCUGCUUUAGGAACCACUGGUGUAGAUACAAAAAUAUUUACGUUUGAGAGUUCAUUUUUAUUUUUCUUAUAUAAUAUGAACUCCUCUAUAUUGUCCAGAUAUAUCAGGUACUUUACAAUAAAAUUUAUUUAAAAUGGAUAUUCACUUUUACUAAAACAAUCCAAAAAUACCUCAUCAAUAUAUGCAAUUUUAAAAAAUCAGAUUAUGUUGGAUAAAUGUUCCAAAGAGAAAAGUAAAACAUAAUAGAAAAGUAAGGAAGUAUGUGUAAAUUGAUUAAAACAAUGAGCAAAUGUUAAACUCAUAUUACAAAAGAAGCUGAUUGUCUUUAGCUAAUCCAGUGAUAUGAUUAAGAACUGAAUGUGAUAUGAAGACGAAUUCUGAAAAGAGACUUGAUUCCCUCCUGUCGUUUACCCAUACCAAGUUUUGGGAACUACUGCUAUACUCGUUUGGGCUUUUCUAUAUGAUACACAAACGAUUAUUUGCGGAUGUCGUUUUUUCCCACUAGUAUUGCACUGUAUUUGAGGAAAUUUCUCUUUCUUACAGUUAAUAAUGAUGUAAACCU